GUGGAGGGUGGCUGCCUCUGGAGCAGGCCGGCAGGAGAGGAGAAAAGGCGGCGGCUCGACUCGGGGGUAGGGGCGGAGGAGGCAGUCCGGACGGCUGUGUGCGGCACGGAGCGUCGUCCAGACAGCGCGGAGCCAGCUGGGCACGGCGGCCAGGGCGGCUAGGGCCUGGGCCGCGGUUCGGCCGCGCCGGCCGAGCUGGACUGGCCAUUAUGGAGGAGGAGCUGCAGCAUUCACAUUGUGUGAAUUGUGUCAGUAGACGGUGUAUGACCAGACCAGAGCCUGGGAUUUCCUGUGAUUUGAUUGGUUGUCCAUUGGUUUGUGGUGCCGUUUUCCACUCUUGUAAAGCCGAUGAGCAUCGACUUUUAUGUCCAUUUGAACGAGUGCCUUGCUUAAAUAGUGACUUUGGAUGUCCAUUUACCAUGGCCCGAAAUAAAGUUGCUGAACAUCUAGAAAUGUGUCCUGCAAGUGUGGUGUGCUGUACUAUGGAAUGGAACCGAUGGCCAGUUAGUUAUGCAGACCGAAAAUCCUAUGAAAAUCUAAGCAGAGAUGUUGAUGAAGUGGCACAGUUAGAUAUGGCCUUGGCUCUUCAAGACCAAAGAAUGCUCUUAGAAUCUCUCAAAGUAGCCACCAUGAUGUCAAAAGCAACUGAUAAAGUUUCCAAACCUAGAGAACAAAUCUCAGUUAAAUCAAGUGUCCCAGAAAUACCACAUACUAAUGGUUUGGUGUCUGUUGAUGAAGAAUCUUAUGGUGCACUCUAUCAAGCUACUGUAGAAACAACCAGAAGUUUGGCUGCUGCUUUGGAUAUCCUGAAUACUGCUACAAGAGACAUUGGCAUUUUAAAUACAAGUGUCUGUGCUUCCCCAAAUGAAAUGGGUAAAGAGCAAAAUGCAAGAGAAAGCUUACAGGAUCAAAACUUGAAAGACCAAGAUCAUCUUUUUGAGGAGGAGAUAGGAGCAGUAGGUGGAAUUGACCACAAUGACACAAGUCAGAAUGCCCGGUCUGAACAAAAUGGUUCAAGUGAUUUAUUAUGUGACCUGAAUAGAAGUUCUUGUGACACUUCUGCUCUUUGUAAUGGCUUUCCUUUGAAAAAUAUAUGUGCACAGGUCAUAGACCAGAAUCAUAAUUUACAUGGUGAUUCAAAACAAAGUAACUUAACAAAUGGAGCCUGUGUGGCAUCAGAUGGCACUUCAAAACCUUCCAGCUCACUUGUGGUAGCAGCACAACUUAGGGAAGUAAUACCACCCAGUGCUUUGCUUAAUGGCACAGUUCAGCAUAUCCUUAUACCCGAUGAUGAGGAUGAAGGUGAAUUGUGUUGGAGAAAAGUAGACUUAGGGGACUUGAAGAAUAUGGAUGUCUUAUCUUUCAGUUCUGCUCCUUCAUUCAGUUUUCUUUCUAAUUCAUGUUGGUCUAAACCAAAGGAAGAUAAAGCAGUAGAUACAUCAGAUUUGGAAGUUGCAGAAGAUCCCAUGGGCCUCCAAGGAAUAGAUCUGAUCACAGCAGCAUUGCUAUUUUGUCUAGGAGAUUCUCCAGGAGGGAGGGGUAUAUCUGAUAGCCGCGUGGUUGAUGUUUAUCACAUUGACUUUGGGACUCAGACUUUUUCACUUCCAUCUGCAAUAUUAGCUACAAAUACAAUGGUUGGGGAAAUAGCUUCAGCUUCAGCUUGUGAUCAUGCCAAUCCACAGCUUUCAAAUCCAAGUCCAUUUCAGACACUUGGGCUGGAUUUAGUAUUGGAAUGUGUCGCUAGAUACCAACCCAAGCAGCGUUCAAUGUUUACCUUUGUGUGUGGACAGUUAUUCAGAAGGAAAGAAUUUUCCUCCCAUUUUAAGAAUGUGCAUGGUGACAUUCAUGCUGGACUCAAUGGCUGGAUGGAACAGAGGUGCCCUUUAGCAUACUAUGGUUGUACCUAUUCUCAGCGUAGAUUUUGUCCAUCAAUACAAGGAGCGAAGAUUAUCCAUGACCGCCAUUUGAGGUCAUUUGGAGUUCAGCCAUGUGUAUCUACAGUAUUAGUAGAGCCUGCUAGAAACUGUGUAUUGGGAUUACAUAGUGACCAUCUAAGUAGCCUUCCUUUUGAGGUCCUGCAGCAUAUUGCAGGCUUUCUUGAUGGCUUCAGUUUAUGCCAGCUCUCAUGUGUAUCCAAGUUAAUGAGGGAUGUGUGCGGCAGCCUGCUUCAGUCUCGUGGCAUGGUCAUACUGCAGUGGGGGAAAAGGAAGUAUCCAGAAGGAAAUUCAUCGUGGCAGAUAAAAGAAAAGGUGUGGCGAUUUAGUACUGCAUUUUGUUCUGUUAAUGAAUGGAAAUUUGCUGACAUCCUAAGCAUGGCUGACCACUUGAAGAAAUGCAGUUAUAAUGUUGUCGAGAAACGGGAGGAAGCAAUCCCAUUGCCAUGUAUGUGUGUGACACGAGAACUCACUAAAGAAGGACGUUCACUACGCUCAGUUUUAAAACCUGUACUUUAAGGGUUGUAAUUUUACUUGCACAUAUGUGCAAGCCUCUGGUAUAAUUUCUUUGUAAUAUGUGAAACCUUAUUAAUGUAUUAAAUAUUACAACUAGCUAAAUUUAUUGUCACUAUGUAUAUAAUGUUUUGAAGUAACAUCUAUUUUUAUAAAGUACUGUUUAGUUGGAAAAAGUUGCCUUAAUGUUUGAAAUGUGUGAAAUUUUGGAACUUGCUGGACAGGGUGAUUUAAUUUUUAGCUACAUAAUUUUAAGAAUUAGUAUUUUCAAUGGUGUGCAUAUUUUGGUUCUUACAUUUUUGCAUCUUAAACUAACAAAAUCCUGACCAAGUUAUUCCUUGUGUUCUGUGUGUGGCAACCCAUGCAGUCAGAAAGCAAAACUUUGAUUCAGACUUUUUACAGCACAGUUUUUUCAUAUAAAAACAUUCUCAAUUUCUUAAGCACUGCCAUAAGAUCAUUAUAAUGUUUUUGUUUUUUUAGUGCUUCCCUUAUACAGUUGUUAAUGCACAAAUGAUCUCUCAUAUGUACUUACAUAUGUAAAAUCAUAACUAAAGUUUGGUAAUGCAGUUUAUCGUGUUUAAAAAAUAAUCCACAAAGAUGUUUUCAUCUCAUGUACUUAGAGCUCAACACACAGAGUGACCAUGUGCAGCUUUCUUUUUUGUUAGAUGCCACAUCCAAAGACUCAGCGCAGUGUGUUACAUGACAGGUCAAAGCAAAAACAAGCAAACAAAAAGCAAGCCUGUGAAUUUACUUUAAUCUGAAACUGUUCAUGAUAUUGCAUAUUUGCUAGGUAUUUAAUGUUUUAAAAGAAAAUAUACCUCAUUUUAAGUUUGAAUUGAGCAUAUUGUAUAAAUUUUAAAUGUUCAGAAUGCAAAAGGGCUUAACUUAAAUUUUUGCCUUUUAUGUUUAUAAACAUUACAACUAUGUUGUUUUAAGACCUUAGAAACAUGAAAUUUGUUAAUCUUUGUAAAAUGACAAUCAUGUAGAAACCUGUCUUGGUUGACAAUCUCUUUGAAAGAUUUCCAAGUUAAUUUCCCAUAGGCUUCACCAUCAAGAGAGUAAGAAUUGCAUAUUUGCCUAAUAAUCAAGGUAUAAUGGAAAAAUACCCCUACUUUUGAAAUAGUUUAUUAUAGUUUUCAAAUUGAUUUAUACCAUUAUUAACUUGAUGUGGUCUGUUUAAAAAAAUGAAUAUAUCAGUAGCAAAGGUGGGGAUAUAUACUUAAAUAAUUUGUCUUAAGUAAAUUCUAGCAUUUGGUAUUCUGAAAUGGCGACAGACUUACUUGUUAAAAUUGUGAAAACUCUGUUGUGUCCUGUCCUCCUACAUUUGUCCCUGAGAGUGCUCUAUGAUUACUAGCUUCUUGAUACCCAUAUAUGGCAAUCAGGCAGAGGCGUUCCUUGGGCAUUACAGAGUUCUGAAGCUUAAGAUUUUUUUGGUUGGAUCAAGUCCUUAGUACAGUUGAAAAAUAUAGCAUUAAAGACUAUUGUCUUGCCUCACCUGUCAUUUUAAAUAGUAGAAUAUUUAUUUCUCAGUGCUUACAAUUUCUUUUUCAACUGUGAGAUUGAAUAGUCUAUUUCUGUGGGGAAAAAACAGAAAAAAGGUAAUAAAUACUAUAAAAUAUAACCCUGCCUUUUAAAGUUUUGCUGAAGAAUGUGUGGUUAGGAUAGCACAAACAUUUUCUGUUUUGUAGUUACGCUUUUUAAAAUUCAUUGUUUUUAAAUUUAGAAUUCUUAUUUCCACACUGGAUUAUGAGAUAUUUAACAAUUUUUUCACCUUAUAUUUCUUUUACACAUUUUGCUGUUCUUUUUUGUUGUUAUGCCACCAUACCAUUUUGUUAAAAUGUUUUCUUUGUGAAACAUUUGUUCAAGUUCUAAUAAAAUUAAUAUUUUUCCCUUUACAUGGCUCAAUAACUUAAAAACUUUCAUUUAAAUAAAAUUUUAAUACUUGUUUGACAAA